AAAGAUUCCUCCUGAGUGCUUGCAUCAUGGAAGCUAGCAGUCAAUCCAGCAGUCAACAGAUUCUGUGGAAAGAUGUUGAGAUGGUAAAGGAGAAGAAGGCCAAGUACCACACCUAUCAGCGAGUGGCACUGGCUCUGGCCUUGGUCUUCCUUGUUUUGGCUCUCUGUGUUUUCAGCCUGAGGUAUCUGUGGAGCCCCAGUCUGGGGAAGGUGUAUGACCACAAGUACAAAGCCGUGUUGGAUGGCGUAGAGACAGAAAGUAUUUUGGAGAUUGACCCAGGUCAGCGCAUUGAGAUCUUCAGAAUGGGAAACGGGAGCGAGGAGGUACUCGAGGUACACGACUUCAAAAAUGGAAUCACUGGGAUCCGCUUUGCCAAACAUCAGAGGUGCUACAUCAGGACCCAAACUAGGAAACUACCCACGGUGGCAGAGGUGGAGGCUGAGGACACGGAGUUACUGCAGGUGGAUGAGACUGAGGCCAUGGACAUGAAGGUGGAGGACUCCCAAGUGUGGAUUCCUGCGGAGGAGCCCAUCGUUAAUCCAGCCUUCCUCCUUGACUCCAAGAUCUGGGAGAUUUGCCAGGAGCUGCCCAUCCACUGGAUUCAUCCCUCCCCCCUGAGUGAUGCGGAGGAGGGAAACGUGGACACACCCGACGCAGAGGUCACAGGUCAGCGUUUCACCCGUGACGUCGAGGACCACGUCGCCGUCAACGACUAUAGAGACGUUGGAAUUGAGCUGGAUAACCGUCUGGAUGACCGCGGCUACUGCUGCCAGCACUGUCGCCGUGGUUACCGCUUCUGCCGUCGCUACUUCGAGCCCCUGGGUGGCUUCAACCCGUGGCCAUACUACUACCAAGGAGGCCGGGUCAUCUGUCAGGUCGUCAUGCCAUGCAACUGGUGGAUCGCCCGUAUGCUGGGGAGGAUCUGAGGACAGUGUGCGUCUGUCUGGGAUUCAAACUGUUGAUGUCGUUGUAGGUGCAAAUUCUCCUUUUGAUAAAUAUUCCAGACCCGGUGUGAGACCAAAGCAGCCAAUUACACACAUAAUUAUUAUCCAAUUCAGCCCAUUGAGUAUUAGCCAUUCUAAACAGUCUAAAUGGCAUUUAAAGUGUUGAGAUUGUUUCUUAAAAGUCACUAAUCAUUUACAACUGUUUAAUUUUCUUUGCUUAUCCACCUGUUUGGUUUUCUUGCUAUUUGACCCUGUUAAAUUGGUGCAAUUUAGUUUGAAAGAUGUCACCAGAAACUAAUGUGCCCUAAGAAAAAAAAAAAUACUUGAGUACUGUCUGUCCUUACUUUGUUGUGCUUCAUUUAUUCUACUUUAUAGGUUCAAAGGAAUUGUUCUUCAUGUACUGUAGUGUUUUGUUUUUCUUGCUUAUAUAAGUAUCAGACAAACCUGUCCCUAUAAGUGUCACAGUGACACAAUAUACAAAUUUGCUUAAGUCACACAGCCCUUCCUUGAUGCUCACCCAAAACUAAAAUAAACUACGACACCAUGAGACAUCAGAUAUGAAAUAUGAUAUUACACAUACACACUAGAAGAAAGCUAUAUGCAACUUCAAGACAAAACCAGGAAAACAGGCAAAAAAAAACAAGACAAAGAAAAAAACAGAUAAUAAUAGUAACUUGCUGAAGCUUGUAUUAUAAGAAUUAUUCUCAGUUUUUGGUAUCAUGUCAAACUAAGGAGGUACAGUAUAAUUAAAGAUGCACAGACCUCAGCUGGCUUUUGUGAUGCACUCACUGUUGUGUUAUCCUCCAUUGUGUUCACUGUUGUUGCAGUCCACAGAACGCUUUAAAUAGUGCUCCAGUUCAAACAGACUCUCCUCUGCCGAGGCGAUUUUAAUCUGUAACACCACAUUUCAAUCUGUCGAGCUGAAACAACUCUCAUCUGUAACUAACAGAUAAGCAAGCGCGAUAGGCAUUUGUAAUUGAUGUUCUGUCAUCAGAAUAACAAGGUGCAUAAAUGCCCGAGAGUAUUCGAGCUAUGCGAGAUAUUCAGAAGUUAAACAGAGAGACAAAAAUGGAGCGCUCCUGUCACACUUUGCUUUGAAGUCUUGUGUUUUCUUUCUCUUUCCUGAUUUUUUUCCAAUUAAAAUUUCAUUGUAUGAAUAAUCUCAGUUGUCCUAUCAUACAAAACAAUAACAUUUCCUUGAGAGAAACUUAACGCCCCAGGGUGUUAGUGUGAAAUGUUUGAAUCUGACUCACGCAAUGAAUAGACAGAUCUUCUCUAUUCUCCAUUAGUCCCAUUGCUCAUUAGCAGAAACAUUUAGUAUCAAAUUAAAAAGAGUCUUGACAAGGAAAAGAUAUAUAGGCUUUCAUUGUUUCCAUUUAAUAACCUGAGGCUGUCUUAAGUAUCUAAUGCAUAAUAAAUCUUUGUUUACGGUGAUAUGAAAGUAUCAUGCCUGCUAUGUAAAUCUGGACGUUGACUCAUGUUGGCUCAGUGUGAUAGUAAUGUCAGUAAUAUCAGUAAUAUUUGGCAGCGAAAUGGAUUUUGUGAAAAAGAAGGGGAAACAUAUUACUGUAUGUAAAUGUUUUAUGGAUAUGUUCAUAAAUGGAGUUCAGACUGCAACCAUCUUAUUUUUAAAUCAAUAAUGUCAAUGGCCUAAAGCAACAUGUCAAGUAAAAAAUAGUGGCAUGAGUUAACAAAUGCAAUAAUUGCAAACAUACUUCAAAUAAACUGACAAGUGUACUGCAAAGCCCCUGAGGCUGUUCUAAAAAGUUCAUAAAAUCAGAGUUUAUAUAAUUCAUUUCCCACUAUUUUCCCGCUUAUCGCAUCAAAUCAUUGAGUGUUUAUUAAAAAGAAUGCAUUCAGCUGCUGUUGUUGUUGAGCCUCCGCACUCACAACGUCGGGAAAUUGUAUAAAGUGUUAUUUUUUCGUAAGAUGCUGUUAGUUGUUAGUUGUCUAUCUGGCGAAGUCUCUGCGGACUCUGAGGACUCUUGUGUAGUCGUGAGAGUAAAUUGCCAUGGAAGCCCUGAGAGUCGUUCUGAAAAGGGAUGGCUCACCCUGACUGGAGAGGCUGAUACAGAUAUUACAGCUGGCUCCCUGAGAGCUCCUCAUGCCUGUUGGGACAGAAGUCCAAUAUUAACCAUGAAAGUCAAACUUUAAAAGUAGAGGCGUCUCACAAUUAAAAAUCAUCAUGGAGGAGACCCAGAAAGACGCUGGAUGGUGACACUGCAGCUGCACAUGUGUCAGAGCAACAAUAGAAAUUGAUCACACUCCGGUUGU